CUCGGCAAACUUUAUCGGUUUGUUUCUCAAUUGCAUCUACUCCGCGCUUCGUCCUUCCACGCUUCCAAGGUUCCCCAACCGUGCUUCUGUCUGUACUGUUCUGUUCGCCCGGGCAGGAUCUGCCACGUCCGCCUGUUUCAUUCUCUGGGUCCCGCGCGCCUUCCAGUUGAGUAUGUCCCCGUCUCCCCUUCACUCCAGCGCUUCAUCUCCAACUCACGCCCGGAAUUUCGUCAUGUCGUCAUGGCUCGUCCCAGAGUCUCCUUCACCGUCGCUGCGACGACGACGCGCGCCUGUUCCGCGUUUGCUUUGGCUCCUCGACUUCAAUUUCUGCCUCGCUGCAACCUUUUCCCAUCGCCAACCUUCUCGCUCUGUUGCUGGCAAUCGUUUUGUCAGCACAGCUUUCAGUCUCGCCGAGACUCUCUUUGGCGCUCAUCUGCUUGCUGUUUUGCUCUUCUUCGCGCUCCAUCCGCCUCGAUUGAUGUUUCUUCUCGGGCAAAAUGGCUAACCAGAAAUCCCCGCGUAGGCCUAAGUCACCGAAUGGCGGGAAGACGCGGAACAAGUUGAUUCGUCG